GUGAUGACUCUACCCCAUCCAAACGCCGUCCACAAAGAGGCGCUCCGACUCUACCCGCCGAUCACAUUCCUCUGUCAAUCGAACCUGUGUUGCUGAGUGCGAUGGGCGGUGUGCGGUACGAGAAGGGCACCCAGGUGGGCAUCCUGAUUUGGAAUGUGCACCGAAAUGCUGAAUUCUGGCCUGAGCCCGACGAGUUUCGUCCGGAAAGAUUCCUGUCGGGGAAACCGCAAACGCCGUUUACGUGGCUACCGUUUGGGGCAGGUCCUCGAGGCUGUGUGGGGCAACGAUUCGCCGAAAUGGAAUUCAAGAUCGUUUUGGCGAGAACGUUGAGCAGAUUUCAGAUUGUGUUGAGUCCAGAAAUUCAGGAUCGUCUUGAGUUGAGCAAUCCAACCGCGAUGCUUUCCACUCCAAAAAUUUCGAUUUUAAUCAAAUCAAGAGAUUCG